UUCAUGGUUUGGAUUCAUCGUAUAGAUUCGAUUAAACCAACUAGAGCACGCAUAUAGCAGCGUCUUCUUCCUCUCAGAGCUUCCCGGACUCGAUUGAUUUGCGCCUCUUGAAAAAUCGGAUCUGGAUAUCUCUUUAGAGCUUCUCAAAGGUUUCACAAUAAAAUGAAGCAUUCUAAAGAUCCGUUUGAAGCAGCGAUAGAGGAGGAGCAAGAGGAAUCGCCGCCGGAAUCACCCGCAGGCGGAGGCGAUGACGAGGAGGGACGGCUUGAAAUCGAGCAGGCUCCGGAAGAGAGUGAGAGAGACGUAGGUGUUCGCCGUCAACCGAAGAAGUUCAAAUCCUCUGUUGCUGUUGCUGACGGGAAGAACAAGGAUGAAGAUGAAGAAGAAGAGGAAGAGAACAUGGAAGCUGAGCUAACCAAGUACCCAACUACAGCUGAUCCCGCGAAGAUGGCCAAGAUGCAGGUCAUUUUGUCGCAGUUCACUGAGGAUCAGAUGAGCAGAUAUGAAUCUUUUAGAAGAUCUGCGUUUCAAAAAGGAAACAUGAGGAAGUUAUUACAGGGAGUGACAGGGAGUCAGAAGAUCAGUAUGCCAGUUAUAAUCGUUAACUGUGGUAUCGCUAAGAUGUUUGUCGGUGAACUCGUGGAAACAGCUAGAGUUGUAAUGGGAGAAAGGAACGACUCAGGACCUAUCAGACCAUGCCAUAUCAGAGAGUCCUAUAGGAGACUAAAGCUCGAAGGCAAAGCACCUAAAAGAUCAGUUCCACGUCUUUUCCGCUAGUCAGAACAAGAGCCAAAAGACAUGUUACUUUCCUCAGCCCCAUUAGAUAUGAGUCUAGGGGUUUAAGCUGGAGUGAUUUGCCUAUGAGUCCCUUUAUAAAGGUCGAUUAUAUUGUUCUUCGAUGCUGCGAAACAACUUUUGCUUUGAAUCUAUAUGAUCAAUCUAUAUUUUUAUGCAGAUCUUUUUGCCUUUUA